AUGUUCCCCGCUGCAUCCUUGUUGACAAUUAUUCUCCUGGCUUUGUCAAUCACGACAUCGCCCAUUGAAGUUGGCAAUUCCCCCAUCACCCUCCCCAUUGCUAGGAGGCUAAACGUCUCCAAUGGUACCAUUAACCUCUUGCAGCAGGAUAGAGCUCGCGUGGUCGCCCUUAAGGACAACUCCUUGAGGCACGGCGGCCAUCAUAGCGCACCUGUUAUCAACGUUGCUAAUAAAUACCUCAUAGCAGUUGGAAUUGGCAGCCCCCCCACAACCUACAACUUGAUUGUCGACACCGGUAGCUCGAACACAUGGGUUGGUGCCAGCACUCCGUACGUGGUGACCAAAACCAGCGUCAACACCGGUCAGCCUGUGGCGAACAGCUACGGUACCGGCGUCUACUUCUCUGGAACUGAGUACACCGACACCGUCACUCUCGGUAGGGGGCUCACCGUCGCCAAUCAGUCGAUUUGUGUUGCUUCUACUACAAGGGGCUUCAUCAGUGUUGACGGUAUCCUUGGCAUCGGGCCUGUAGACUUGACAGAGGGUACCCUGGUAGAUGAGCCGACAACGACGAUCCCGACUGUCACUAACAACCUGCAUAGCCAAGGCACCAUUCAUCGUGAGAUGUUUAGUAUCUCUUUUGAGCCCACCAAUUCGGAGCCAGUCACCAAUGGAGAGCUCACCUUCGGAGGGACUAUCGCUAACAAGCACGCCGGCCCCAUUGCGUACACUCCUAUCACUACCACCGACCGUGCAGCGAACUAUUGGGGUAUCGACCAGAGCAUUUCCUAUGGCUCCAUGACGAUCUUGUCCUCCAAUGCUGGUAUCGUCGAUAGUGGAACCACCUUUCUUUACAUUGCCAGUGAUGCUUACAGAAUGUACAUGUCUGCAACCGGCGGUAAUCCGGAUCCGGACACUGGACUUCUUCUCAUUUCCUCUACCCAGUACAAUGCCCUCGAGAACCUGAACUUCCAUAUUGGCAGCGAAACCUACACUCUCACCCCUAACGCCCAAAUCUGGCCUCGUUCUCUCAACACCUAUAUUGAUGGUAGCAUCAACGCCAUAUAUCUCAUCGUUGGCGACAUUGGUACGCCCAGUGGCCAAGGGUUUGACUUCAUUAACGGCUACACGUUCCUCGAGCGCUUCUACUCUGUGUUCGAUACCACCCGCUCCCGCAUCGGUUUUGCCAAAACUCAGUACACUGAUGCCACCACCAACUAA